GAAUCGCCGUAAACUUGCAUCGCGCGCGUGGGAUGGACCGCCAUGGCAAGAGAUGCUCCGACUCAGACGGGCCUCCGUCCAAGCGGUCGCGCGGGGAGGCGCUGCGGGAGCAGGUGUCCGCUCUGCUGAGGGCUCUGGAAGCCUCGGAUGCGGCGGGCCCAGUGUCGCUGCUGGCGCAGCUGGAGCAGCUCACGCUGGAUCUGGAGCCGGUGCCUUUCGGCUUCCGCUCCGUGGACUGCAAGGUGGACCUAAAGCGGCGGCUGCACGAGCUGCUGCCGCCCUUGGCGCGGCAGGCGGCCAAGCACCGCGGAGAAGCCGGCGGCGGCGCCGCGUUCUUCGGGGCGGUGCGGCGCUUCGUGGACCUGUUGCUGCGGAACGGCUACGCGCAGACCUCGCGGGACCGGCGGGACGUCAUCGCCUCAGGGGCGUGGCUGGCUUGCAUGGAGCCCCUGCAGGGGGAGGCCGGAGGGGAAGUGCUGGCGGCAGUGCAUGUCUACUUGCAUCUGGCGGACCACGUCAGCUUCUACGAGGACUUUGUGGGCAUGCACCCGGACUUUUGGCAUCCCAGCAUCUUCCGGCAGGUGCUGAAGCACAUGCCGAAGGUCCUAGACAUCCCACAGUCGCUGGAGGCAGAUGAGUGGGAGCUGCGAUGUCCGGACAUCGAGGCGGCGGUGAAGAGUCUCUUCUGCUUCCUGCUCUUCUGGACGGCCAAGGAGCCCAGCGACCGCUCGGGCUUCUCCUUCGAGGUGCCGGAGGCGCUGCCGCUGCUGCACGCGGCGCUGGACGCCAUCGAGAAGUGUGACGUCAGGUUCGGGACGGAGAUCGGCGCCAAGUGCCGGGGCGACCCGCUGGAGGAGAUGAUCCGGGUGCUGGGCCUGCUGACCCAGUUCGCCGUGGAGCGCCUGGACGCCCACGACGACGGCAAUGUCUGCCAACUCGCACAGCAGCAGGCGGCGGCCAUCCUCCACCUCCUGGUGCGGAUCCUGAAGCUGCGGAUCCCGACCUGCGGGGCCAAGCCGGAAGCGAUCACGGAUGGCCCCAUCCCGGUGGACGAGCGGCAGCAGGAUAGCGAGUGGAUCCAAAACUUGUUCGAGCGCCUGCCGGAUGAGCAUCCCAUCAAAGCUUCCCUGCUCAUGGAGGUGUUUCAGGCGAUGGUAGACAUGCCACUGGAGGAGCAGCGGUAUAGGUUGGAGUGCUUGUCUCCGCUGGUGCCGCGUUUUAUUGCGGGUUUUGCAGAGGAGCUGAGGCAAAAGACUGUGCCGCCAGAGUUGGCGGACUUUAAAGUCGUCAUGAACUCUGUGCUGCAAGAUGAUGCCACUUCUUUUGCGGUCGAGCUUCUUGAAGAGGUAUCCUUUUAUCCUUGCCUGCUGGACUUCACAACCAAGCGAGCCAUGAUUCAUGCUCAGUGUGACCGCGUUCGACUGACACAGGGCUCUGGGGAUCCCAUCAGGAUCGUGGUGCCGCGAGACAACGUCCUGGAUGGGGUGUGCUCCACCCUGAAUCUGCAGGAUGCGCAGGCGCGCAUCGACGUGCCGCUGGAGAUCGAGUUUCGGGCAGGUUACUCGGACGACACGGGCAACGAGCUGGUGGAUGAGGGCGAGGAUCAGGGCGGGCCUCGCAGGCAGUGGCUGGACAGGGCCUGCCGCUACUUUGUGGCCUCGGACCUCUUCAUGUCUCCGGCCCAAGAUGCCUCCCACUUGGAGCUUGCCACCCGCUUGUCAAGCAGGGAAGCCCGCGGCAUCUUCGUGCCUUCCCCUGAACCAGUGUGCCAAUGCGUUCAGGAAGAUUGGACGGAACAGUUUGAGCUCUUUGGCUGCGUCAUCGGCUUUGCCGUUCUCAACAAGGAAACGGUCCCGGUCCAUCUCGGGCACAACUUUCUGCGAUCCGUCUUCGGCCUGAAGACUGACACCGCAGACUUGCUGCCGUUGCUGGAGCACGUGGACAAGACCUUGCACACCAAGCUCACCUACAUUUUGAGCGGCUCUUACAAGGACCUGGGCGACACUCUGCAGGAUGUCCUGGAGCAGUGCCACCUGCCGAAGACCUUCGUGGUCUCCGAGUCGCAUUGCCAAGAGCUGGUGCGCAGCACGCCGCUGCUGGAGGGGGGCGACUCCAUGGAGGUCAACGAGGAGAACAAGGAGAAGUUCGUGCAGCUCUUACUGGACCGCAUCCUCAUCAGCGGCGUGGCCAAGCAGGUGCAGUACUUCCAGCGGGGUCUGCUAAGGGUGGUGCCCCAUGAGCUGGUGCAGCGGAUCACCGGCAUCAUGUCGGUCAAGGACAGAUCGAGCUGAUGCUGUGCGGGGCGGAUGGCAUUGACGUGGACGACUGGGAGAAGCACACGGAGUAUGAGAACGGCUACACCCGUGACUCCAAGGAGUGGUGCAGUGGUUCUGGGAGGCCGUGCGCGCCAUGCCGCAGCACCUCAGGGCCCAGCUGCUGUCCUUCUCCACCGGCAGCUCGCAGGUCCCGUCCGGGGGCUUCCGCUUUCUGCAGCCGGAGCUCUUCACCAUCCAGCGGGUGGCAGUUACGGACAGGUUCCCGGCCGCCCACACCUGCGCCAACACCUUGGACCUCCCGGAGUACACCUCCAAGGAGAUGUUGGAGCGGAGUCUUCGCUUCGCCCUCGAAGAGACUGGGGAUUCCUUUGGCUUGCGAUAGGCCGAUAGGCCCCCCUGGAGUGCCCUGGAGUGCCCGUGGAGUGUCCGGGUCAUCAGAAACGUCAGUGGUUCCAGCAAAAGUUGUGACCGCAGCGCGCCGGGAGG